UCGAUUUGGCUGUAAAACAAAUUAGAGCGCGAAAGGCGGCAGGCGCGCGCCUAUCGGCGCCUCGGUAGAGCGCCUCCUGGUGUUGACGGUGCGGACGGCGCGGUCCGUGCGCUCGGUGUUGUCGGUGUCGGUGCUUGUCCUCGGCGCGUGUGGCACGACACUCGACGCGCGGAAGGAUGUUGCUGUUGCCGCUGGUACGGAACGUGCGGCCGAGCUGGACCAACGACGAGCGAGUGAACGGCUGAGAGAACGCGUGUGCGAGUGUUCCAACGCGAGAGACCGCAUACACACGCAGUUGCCGUCGUCAUCUACGCGCGGCUGGCCGAGGCGAGUCCUGUGCGCGCGCGCGCGGACGGUUAAGGAUACCCGAUUUGUGCUCCGGAUAUAAUCGUCAUCGGUACGCUCCCUCCUUGGUCGGUGAAAUGUCCUCGCGGACGAUCAUCCUGCUUACGGGAUCGAGCUGAACGGAAGAUUUCGAUUAACCGGAUUUCAGACCGGAUUUACUUUUUAUGCUCUUCGAGGACACGUCGAGCGCACGUACUUUAAAAAAAAGAAAAAGGUAUAUAUAUAUAAUCGUGAGGUGCAUUCCGUGUGACGACGAUAACGGCGAUAAUCGCCGUUGCCUUGGUACCAGCAGCGGCGACUGAGACACGGUGCUCCUAAUGCUUGAAAUCUCGAUGAGGCUUAUGUCGUCGACGUCGUCGCCGUCGGAGCCGUCGUCGCCGUCGGAGCCGUCGUCGCCGUCGAAGCCGCUGCCGUCGGGAUCGUCGUCGUGGUUGCUGUUUCUGUCGCCACCACCACCGUCGGAGUUGUCGUCGGCGUCGUCAUCAUCGCCGUCAUUGUCAGCGUCGUCGUCGUCAGCGCCGUCGUCGUCAACGUCGUCGUCGCCGUCGUCGCCGUCGUUGUUAUUGUCAUCGCUGUCGUCCUCGUGGUCAACGUUCGCGUGCUCCUUUACACUACCGCCGUUCUCCGUGUCAUUCGCUGCUUUGUCUCUACAUUUAUAAGGAAGAGUCGGUACUGGACAGUGCGGGUUUGCAGUAGCAAGGAGUCAGGAUGGCAGGCAAUAAAAGUACAGCCAUCACCAUGCACACAAAACCGGUGGAAGUUUCCCAACAGCUACAGGAAGGAGAGAAGUUUGUCAAAUGGGACGAGGAUUCUGGGAUAGCAACGCCAGUGACUUUGAAAGUGGAUAAAUAUGGGUUUUACUUACAUUGGGUGGAUCAAAAUAAUGAGAUGGAUAUGCUGGACAUAGCAGUUAUAAGAGAUACGCGAACAGGAAAAUAUGCAAAAAUACCAAAGGAUUCAAAGCUAAAGUCUCUUGUAACGAUGGGCUCUCAAGACUCCCUAGAAGACAAAACUAUAACAAUCUGUUAUGGUUCUGACUUUGUCAAUAUGAAUUUUAUUAAUUUUUGCACGACACGUGCAGAAAUAGCACAACAUUGGACGGAACAACUUUUUCAACUGGCGUACAAUUUAAUUCAAUUAAACACUAGCACAACUAUGUUUUUACUAAAAGCACAUACCAAACUAAUACUUACUGCUGAUAAAUCUGAAAAAAUACCAGUAAAGAAUAUAAUAAAAAUGUUUACACAAAAUAAGGAAGAUCGCAAGCGUGUUGAAAAAGCACUCGAUAUUUCUGGCUUUCCCUCUGGCAAAAGCGACGUCGUGCCGUUGUCCAAAUUUCAAUUUGAGGACUUCUUCAAUUUUUACAAGUCUCUCACUCAGAGAUCAGACGUGGAAAAAGUGUUUGAAGGACUUGUCGGCAAUAGCAAACGCAGAUUGAUGUCUGUUUUGCAAUUUGUGGAUUUUUUGAAUAAGACGCAGCGGGAUCCACGCCUUAAUGAGAUCUUGUAUCCGUAUGCAAAUGAAGCAAGGGCAAAAGAUAUCAUAAAUCAGUAUGAACCCAACAAGUGUAAUGCGAAUAAAGGUCAACUUAGUUUUGACGGUUUCUUGAGAUAUCUUAUGAGCGAGGAUAAUCCGAUUGUUGCGGUCACCAAAUUUGAAUUAUCGGACGACAUGGAUCAACCACUUGCGCAUUACUUUAUAAAUUCUAGUCACAACACAUACUUAACAGGGCAUCAACUUACCGGUAAAAGCUCUGUGGAAAUUUAUCGCCAAUGUCUUCUAGCCGGUUGUCGAUGCGUCGAAUUAGACUUUUGGAAUGGCAAAGUUGACGAGCCUGUUAUCGUUCAUGGAUAUACAUUUGUACCUGAAAUUAAUGCGAAAGAAGUGUUAGAGGCGAUCGCUGAUAGUGCUUUUAAAACGUCUGAAUAUCCGGUCGUUCUCAGUUUCGAAAAUCACUGCAAUGAAAAACAGCAAGCCAAAAUCGCGCAGUAUUGUAGAGACCUUUUCGGAGAAAUGUUACUUGACGCGCCACUUGAAUCUCACAAGUUAGAACCAGGUCAUGAGCUUCCACCGCCGGCAUUAUUAAGGCGCAAAAUAAUAAUAAAAAACAAAAAGAAGCAUCAUCAUCACAAGAAGCAGAAGAAGCAACAGCAAGCAUCGGACACUGCUGAAGGUACACCGGAAAGUGAAACAAACGGAACGGUAAAUCCAUCCGCUGCGGGCGAGAACGGCCCGCCGCCGGACAUAAUACCUCAAAAUGACAUGGCUGAUGGCGUCGGAUCUGAAAAUGAACAGCAGAUUGGGAACGGUGACAUUCCCCACCCACCGAUGCUACAACAAAGACAGGGUAGUAAAGAUAGCGCCCAGGACGACGAAGACGAUGAAGAUGAAUCGAGUACAGAGGAUGAUGAGUGCAAUGUGGAAGAUAUGAAACUGAGAAUGGGUGACAAAGGAGCCGCGCCGGAUAAAGCAUCCGCGGCCAAGGAAACGGAAGCGGGCGCGGAAAUUUCGGCUCUAGUUAAUUACGUGCAGCCCGUACACUUCAACAGUUUUGAAUCGGCUGAAAAAAAGAAUCGCAUGUACGAAAUGUCAUCCUUCGACGAGAAGCAAGCCACGACUCUCUUGAAGGAGAGGCCGUUAGAGUUCGUAAAUUACAACAAACAUCAGCUGUCCAGAGUUUAUCCAGCGGGCACGCGAUUCGAUUCCAGCAAUUUCAUGCCGCAAGUAUUUUGGAACGCGGGAUGUCAGCUGGUCGCGUUGAAUUAUCAAACGCUUGACCUGGCGAUGCAGUUAAAUCUGGGAAUAUUCGAGUACAAUCAACGUUGCGGUUAUCUGUUGAAACCAGAAUUUAUGAGGAGAAAAGAUCGACGGCUAGAUCCUUUCGCCGAGUCCACUGUUGACGGUAUUAUAGCGGGCACGGUUCACAUUCACGUGAUAUCCGCACAGUUUUUAACUGACAAGAGAGUGGGCACUUACGUGGAAGUGGACAUGUACGGUUUACCGGCGGACACCGUAAGGAAGAAAUUCCGCACGAAAAUCGUGCCGAAUAACGGUAUCAAUCCUGUAUACGACGAAGAGCCGUUCGUAUUCAAAAAGGUAGUUUUGCCGGAACUUGCCUCGAUAAGGAUAGCCGCGUACGAAGAUUCCGGACGUUUAAUCGGUCACAGGGUACUUCCGGUAGUUGGAUUAUGCCCAGGAUACAGACACGUCGCGCUGCGAACAGAGUGUGGGCAACCGCUACCGUUAGCGAAUCUGUUUUUAUACGUUAUCGUGAAGGAUUACGUUCCCGAUGGCUUGAGCGAGCUUGCCGAAGCUCUGGCGAAUCCCAUUAAGUAUCAGAGCGAAGUGGAGAAGCGAGAAAAUCAAUUGUUAGUUCUUACGGAUUGCCUGGAAACACCGGAGGAAAUCGAAGAUAAGGAUAAAGUUGGCGACACUUCUCACACUAGUUCUGUUAAACCAGCUGAGGAAAUUGUAAAGACCAAACGCAUGCAGUCUAUUUCCGGCGAAUUACCGGCGAGUCUUCUACCUACUUCCGGUAGCUUACACGGUAGACCGUCUAUCGCCGGCUUAAGUACGGACACGGUGGACAUAGAAGACGAAGCUCCAUGCCCUGCAGUUCCACCAGUCGAUACUUCUAUAAAUAAAAGCCCGGUCAACGUCAGCAGCACGAGUGACGAAAUAGUGGCCGAAAGUUUGGAGAAAUUCAUGGAAAACAAGUUGGUUAGGGAGAAAAAGACGGAGCUCGAGAAGAAACUGGAAUCGCUGAGGAAGAAGCACGAGAAAGAGAAGCUGCGAAUGCAAACGCAGAAAAGCUCCCUCGAUGGCGAGAAGCACAAAUCGAAAUUUUACAUGAGCAAUAAGCUGGUGAAGCGGCUGUCGAGCAAGAACAUCAGCUUCUCGAGCGAAGUGGGUUUAAGCACUUUGGCUAUGCCUGAAUCCUCCGAAUGCUCGGAGAACGCGGAGAAUCGUGAGGGGAAUGAAGGUUCCAGAGGUUUGCCUAGAAGUCAGAGCGAGCGGUUUUUGGCUAUUUGCAAGGCGCAUGUUCAGCAGGAACGUGAACUCCAGGAGAAGUAUUACGAGAAUCUCUUUGCGACCGUCGAAAAAGUAAUGAGAGCGUCGCAGUCUAAUCAACUGAAGAUGCUUCAGGCGCAUUUCGAUAGAGAAACCGCAGACGUUAAACGAAAAUUGCAGGCAACGAGACAGGGCGAGGUCAAACAAUUGGCCAAAGUGCACAAGGAUAAAGCAGAACUGGAGCGCAUAAAGAGAGAAGUCGCAAAAUCGACCGUAGAGAAAGGCGUGAAUGAGUGCACGCGUUUGACAAAAAUCUACGAUAAGAAGAGAGUGGAGUUGGAAAGACAGCAUGAAGAGGUGCGGCAAAAGUUGGAGGAGGAACGAGCCAAGGUGAAAGCUAAUCUGCUAGCAGAGUAUAGUAGCCGCUAUAGCAAAUACGAGAGUGGCGAGUUUUCCUUGUCACCAUCUGGCGGUGCUAGCAUGCCCGAGUCAUUGAGUGAGAAUACAUAUUGACUCGUGAAACGAGUUGUUUAAUUGUGCGUUGACUGAAGAUACGACAUCGAGUUACGAUGUUCGACAUGCAAUCGAGUUAUGAAAUUUGGAGCAUCGAGCGUAAAAGACGCAGUCUGAAUUUUGUAACGGCAUGUGGGGAGAGGAAGAGAAAGCGAAUAUUACCAGGACAUAAUAUUUCCUCCACUCAUAAGAAAACGAACCAAUUACGACUAACAAAAUGCUGGCAUGUGGUACAUCUGCAGCUGCUCGGCGAUGAUAGAUAGAACGUUCUUGCCAUCCCGCUGGAGAUAUCAAUACGGUAACGAUACUGUACCGAGAGAGAUUAAGUGAUUUUAGACAGCUCGGUACUGCACGAAGUAUGAUGAGUAACGUCUUCAACUACUAUGUAUGAUACAGUUGUAUGUAUAUACUGAACUUUUACCGUUUAAUAUUUCAAGGAGAUUAGAUGUCGAAUAAUGGGAUCGAGGUAAUUUUCUAUUACUUCAACGCUGUGUCUUUUAGUAUGGUCGUCAUUAUUCGAUUGACGCAUUGAUCGUACGUAUCGAUCGGUUCUUUAACCGGUCGCGUCUCACUAGGUACGUGGAAACGCUAUAUCUUGAUCUCUUUACGAUAAAACGUCUGCUUAAAGAGACAACAUCAAAGAGACAACGUCAAAUUUCAAUGGUAAAUAUGAGUUUCGCGUUAUUUGCACAUACAGUAUUAAACAGUCUGGGAAAUUCCGGGAUCUAAAAUGGUCGCUGACGCGACAGUUGACGUAUUUGCACGAUCUCAACACAAGCAUUAAGAUCGUUCGCGAGAGAUACGCGCGAGAGGUAUAUAUAAUUCUAAAUAAGAGAAUACAACUUUCCUAAGUGCUAACAUUUAAUAUUGUUGUUAUAUGCAUAAGACAUCGUUAUUUAAUCGACUACUUAAACUAAGUCUAAUCGCGUUCCAAGAUGCUCCGUUUACGCGGGAAACAGAUUGGUCUUCGACUACCAAAAGUCAGAUCUCAGGAGAUUCCAGUCAGAAUAACGUAAGGAGUAUACCGAGAGGAUGAAAUCUCUUUGGCCUAGAGGAGAAACAUUGGAAAGAAAUUUGCACGAACGCGUGAGUGAUCUGAUAUAUUUUUGACUGAAAGUACUCCAUGUAAAAUAUUCGUUUUUUUUUCUGGGAAAGCCCCAUACUGUGAAGAUACCGGGACAGUCUCCCGCCGACAGGCAGGACAGUGUCCCGGUAUUUCGCUGUGUAGAGCGAUUCUUUGUAUCCCGAGCGGUCCGAUCGGGCGAACCUCUUUGAGGAAGACAAUCAAAAAUGUUACAUGGUAACAUUGUCCUUGUUGUUUCUACUCGUACGAUAUUUUAGGCUACGCGCUACGAUACGUGUACACAGAUAUUUAUGAGGGAAUUCUUCGUAAAUGUAACGAACUUAGGUUUAAAACUGAUCGCAUUGUAAGUCUACAUCGUGUAAAAAUCCGCUAUUUAUUUCACGUGUUGAUUUAUAACGAAGGCAGAGGUACGCGGGGUGUAUCGCAACUGCUUAGUGAUAAUCGCACGAAUAACGACGAUCAAAUCAAAGAUGACAUUUUUACAGACAUAUGUUAUAUCUACUUAAGUAACGCGCAGUUACGCUCUGUCGUUAUGAUUUUUAUAUUACUAUUUAUAUUUCGUGUUAUAUUUGCGUCCAAGGAUUGCAUCCUUCAUUUCGAUCUGGAAAUUGCGUUUCGACGCAUAUUUUAGAAUCUUUGAUAAAUUCAUUUAUUGUUAAAUACUUGAUAAAUGGACAGGAAAUUGCUAGCAAGGCGUUUACGAUUCAGUUGCACAAGUGUAAUGCACAAGUGAUCCCAUGGCAUUUAGUAUUUUCGAAAUUUAGCUGUUCUUUUUAUGCCUCGUAAUUCAAGUACAUCCUUUUAUUGUGUGUACUUACACAAAAAAAAAAUUCUGCUUUGAUCUGAUCGAUUACGAUUAUUAAAUAAGAUUAUGUGCGCACAGGUACGAAAGUUGGUUACCUGCAAAACUCGAAUGAAUCUCGACACCGAUUAUAUUAUAUUUUACAUCGAGCGUUCAUGUAUAUAUAGAACACAAAGAGUAUGUGUUCAUCUCAAUUAUAUUAAUUUUUCUGUACCAUUUUACAAUUUUGUGGAAUUUACAAUUUUUAGCGUUUUUUUUAUUCUCUAAAAUUGUUUUCGAAUAACAGGAUGAUGUGAUGUUACUUUUACAAAUUUUUAUAAUCAAAAUUUUUAUUUAUUUUAUAUUAGUUUGUAGAUUUUAUUAUUACAUAAAUUUUCUUUUAUAAUUGUAUAUAUCACCGCGUGCAAUAAUAGUUGGAUAUGAUAAAAAAACGUUGAUAAAAAAUCUCAAGGUCAUCAUUCUAUUAUUAAAAGUUUAAUUAUUAAUUGUAGAGUCAUUAUUAUUAAUAUAGCCGCUCUUGUGGUACUAUUUUCUGCACUGUAAAGAACAAAGAACAAAUUGAAAAUGCUUGUAAUUAUUUUAUGAGUUUUAACGAAAGAUAAAAGAAUGAUUAAAGUAGAUGCAUUUAUUAUUGCAGGCGAUAACAAGCGGUAUUGCUUCUCUGAAGAACGAUUGAGCCUAAAGUUAUAUCCCGUGCACCUCUUUCAAACGCAAUGACGUUUCGUUCGCUGUAGAUGUAAAAAAAAAAAAAGGGUAGUCGCAUUUGGUUCACUUGAAAUAGUCGCGUCCUUUGCAAGGGAAUAUCUAAUAUAUGUAUAUUUCCGGUAGACUUAGGUUUACACACGAAACCAUUGAGAGUACGCAGAGUUACCGUUUUUUUAGUCGAUUGUGCAGUAGCAUUUCUUCCACAAGCGAAGUUACCGAUCAUUUUUAAGAUUGUAUCGCGAUUGAUCUUUUCUAGACAUGGAUGAUGGAAGAUAGAGUCAUAAGAAGAAUAACGUUUAAGAUUAAAGGCGAUACGUGUAAGCCUUGUAUCUACUACCCCCGGAAUCCGUAUGAAGAAAUCGGUAGCGUCGUUCGUGGGUUAAUCGUAUGCAUAUGCGUGCGUAAGUGUCGGUAUUUUUGUUGGGAUUGGACAGAUACCGUGUUGUGUACGAUUUCAAGCAACUUCCUUAUAAUAGAAGAAAUCGAUUUAAAUCGAUAUAUAUAUAUAAAUUUUACAGUAUAUACUAGAUUUAUAUCGUUAUUAAUGACAUAUACUCUUUCCAGCGCCUUGAAUGGUGAUAUUUAUUUCGGUUUUUUUCCGAAUGUUAUUUUAUUUCGUUUGUAAGUUUUUCGAUGUCUCGCCUCUUUGAAAAUGCAUGUAUUUUAGUAUAAGCGUUUACUUUGCGAAUAUAUCGUUUUAGGGUUUGCGGUAUUAAUGAUAAUAUAGAGAUCUUGACUUUUCUCUUAUAUUUAUGUGGUAUCCAAGCGCUCAAAUUUUUGGUAUAUGUUUUGAUUACCUGAACUAUAUAUUAUCUCAUUGAAGUUGAAAAUAUUGAAAGCACACGAGAUAAUUGGUGUGUGAGCGAUAGGAAUGAUCCAGUCAAAUAUGUAUUUCCAAUUACAUGAAUAGUUUGCGUUUCUUUUACGUUCUAAAAGUAUUUAUUACAGUUUUAUCGUGAGCUUCGUUACCUUUGUUACGUAAUUGGGGAGUUGGAAGUCGAUUUUGCCAUUAUUCUCUAUAUAGUAAAUAUUGUUAAUAUAUUAUUAUAAAUACAUAUUACGAAUGAACUUGAAUAUAUCAUAAACGACUAAUAAAACUCUUUUCUUUCAACUUACUCAGAUUUUAAGACAGCCUCGAGCUGAUUUUCCUGAAAAUUGUGUAAAGAUAUUUACGCUCUCGUCGCGUUCAACUCCUCAAUUAUAGUUAUAGAGUACUCUACCUAUGCAUUUAUGUCUUUCAACUAGAAUCAGAUUGAAUUGCUGUAUGUAUUGAUUGGAUCGCUGUCAGCGAUCUUUUUCUGCGUAUAUAUAUACUAUAUACAUAAAUAUUGCAUGACUUGCUUGGGACAUGAUCGGCGUCGUUCUCUUCCUACAUUACUGUAACGUACAUAUAUACGCGUGUAUGUACGUUACAUAUGCGGACACACGCGUAUGUAUAUAGAAUAAGUAUAAAUUUACGCUAACGGGGUAUAGAUAUUAUAUUCACGUUGAUAUAUUAUGUGUUGUUGCUGUUGAUGUUGUUAAUCAUAGAGUAGAGAAAAAAAAUUGUAGUGCUUAGAAUAAGGUAGUUAAUAUUGUUGUUAAUGUAGGAACUACAGGGGAAAAAAAAGGACAAGAAUUCUCCCUUGUUACUUUUGCGAUAAGUACGUUCGCGCACGGAUUGUUAAUUGCAAUACGAAUUAAUCUUCGGAUGUCGCGCGCGUCGUGAUGUUACCAAUUUGUACCUGCAAUCUUUAUCUUAAUCGCUUUGGCGUUCGCUAAGAUUGUUCUAGACGUUGCUUUCCCGCUUUGAGUGAAGGACUUCCAAUUUGAAGAUUAGUUUCAGUGCCAGAUUUAGAAUUCUAUCGUUGCUUCACGCCAAGGUGGUUGACUCUAGCGACAGUACCUCUCAAGGUCCUAGCUGUUUACUCUAAGAUUUGCCAAAUAUUAUAGAAUACGCCGGCACACCGAAGAUUCCCGUGACAAACGUGUUUAUCGUUCUGGAGUAACCGUAAAAACAGACGUUUAUUAUGCAUAAAGUAUGUGUAUUAUACAUAAUGCGAUUUCAAAUGGCCUAAAAACGUAGUGAUUUGGCUCAGCUAUGUAUAUUUCCGUUUUUUUCUUCUUUUUUCAAAAUUAUUGCACUUUUCACUUGUUGAAAUUCAAGUUGGAGCGUCUAAACGUCCGCCGCCAUCAUGUCGAAACUUGCAAGCAUAAAAUUUCUUACAGCAGAUUUACCUCUAAGAUAUUUCACUAUCUACCUUUAUCUCGUAUCUUUGCCUUUUGAGCUAUGUAAUAAGAAUCUUUUAACAACGAUUCUCCGUGUUUGUUCGGAUUGUAUUAUUCUUCUUAAUCUUGCAUCGAAAGUAGAGAAGCUCUUUUGACACGGAUAUAUCUACGAAGAAAACAGAAACGAAAUAUAUACCAGUCUCCCUCAAUGCUUGCGAGAAUUUCGAAAUAUCUCGAAAUAUUCUUGUGUAAACGGCGGUCGAUUAGGCUGUGCACCAAUGUUGCGAAGAUAUUAAAAUUUGUUACAUAUGCUGUUGCUACGCAUGAGAGCCGCAUUUUGAAUUGUUUAUCGAUGUUCGUAGUGACUGUAUCGCUAAUUCUCAACCGACAAUGAAAUAGAGUAACUCGAUGUACAUAAGAUGCAACGACGAGAUUCUCGUGAAUCUAUAGAGCUUGCGUUAUUGUCUGAGUUGAAGAAUUUUAUUCCGACGAAUUUUGCCUUACGAUACUGUACGUGUACGCUAGCGGCCGGUGGUAUGUUUUGAUUUAUAUAUACAAAACGCGGAUGUACUGUUAACUGCAUUUAACACAGCGCGAAUCUUAUGUUCAACGAUUCUGUACCCGCUUUGUGAUCGAGAGCUCGAUCAUUGGAGUUGUAAUGUAGCGUCGUAGAAUGCUCGCUUAGGUGUAUCUACGUGAGUGUGACUAUUCGUAGUGACAAAAAAUACGCCAAAAAAAGGAGAAAGUGCGAAGAGAGAAAGAGAGAGAGAGAGAACAAAGUCGUUGACGAUUGUAACGUAGUAGCGAUCGAUAGUGCGAAUGUAUAAAUGCCUGAUGGUGUUGUACGUUUAGUAGAGUAUGCAUAUACAGAUGUAUACGUUAUCUACUUUACAUAUUGAGAGUAGUCGCAUCGCGUACAAAUAAUUUUGUCUUCCCUCUUAGCUUAAUUAAGGUAACUCGAUCGACGGCAUACCGUUUCGUUAUUCUAAGCGUUACUGUUGCCGCUAUCGACGACAGCUCUAUCCGAUUAUCUCAUCAAUGUUUAAUUGUCCCAUUGUUAUUAUAUUUCCGUGCGUUGCACAACGCGACGGCCUGGUUUAUGUGUAUUCUCAGUUGUAUCUCUCAUUUGUAUUCUUUAAUCGACGAUUGGUUCCGUUUGCCAUCGAUCAUACUUCUGUUCUGUAAAUAGAGAGAUUAUAAUAAUUUGUUGUGUUCACACAUA